GACAUUUGAAGCCAUAGAGUCGGCAAUUUUUCAAUUCACUCAUUCACGGUGCAGUUUAAACCCGAACGUCGAACGUUAACGUUGAUUACUCAUUUACUGGGGGAGCUACAAGAGAUACCAUACCACACGCAGUUCAAGAUGCCUUUGCCUCCCACUUCAAUGAGUCACUCGCGAUUUCCAAGAACGACCAAGGCGAUGAAUGUACUGUACAGCGUUUACCUACUACUACAAUCCAACGUCUCUUUCCUUGACAUACUGCGUCACUCAUCAAUUAACGGAUCAUUCUAUCUAUCUCAUCAAUGACAUUGACUCCAUACUCAGCCUAACCUCCCACUCAGUCUUGUGUCGGACACCGUCUGAACCCGUCUCUCAGUUCACCCCUUAUUACGUCCUUCCACCACCACCCUCUGUCAGGACCACCUUGACGCAUGAAGUCCUCAUACUCGAUGUCGUCUGGUAUUGAACUUGUGACAGGAAGUCAUAUGUCGUGGUGGAAUACAAAAGGACCAUGUAAUGGUCCGACCCCGAGCAGCGAGCUUGCCUGUCCGCUCCUCUUCCUCCCUCUCCUCCCUCUCCACCGAUACCCAAAACACAACCAAACCGCCAUCACACAUUUUCAGUGAAAAAGAGGAAUGUUUCAGCCCUGUCAACAGCUUUGACCUCGAAAACCAUGCCCUCCCUUCCUCCCAACCGACCACUGGCCGGCGUGUGUGGAUCCUCGCACUAGCACCUCUAUUCCUCCACUUCACCUUUGUACUUGCUAUAACCGUUAUCGUCAUGUUUUACAUCGACCGCCAUGAUUUCAACUCCCAAGUUCGACGGCCCCGGAUCGUCGUAUCGAAUGAAACCAGCCUAGACCAAAGGGCUCCAUUCGGUCCCACCCAAUCAGACGUCAAUACAUUCCUAUCCUCGGCGCUUGUCAUAUUGAGAAUCGUUACCGGGAUGUGGUGUGGUGCUCUAGUAUGGCGUUGCGUUUUCAUAUUGCUAGAAAAAGAGGGUAUCACUCUCCAUCAGAUCAAAAGGAUGAUUUCUCUCGGCCUUCCCCCUGUCUCGCUAAGUUCACCCAAACAUCCUUCCAACCCGAAUUCUCGCGGCUCAAAGCGUGCGACUCCCACCAUCCUCGUAGCUAUCAUUCUCAUCCUGGCGAUCCCAUACCAGUUCUCCUCUCCUAUCCUUACAGGUUCCAUAGUUUGGGCCCCGUCAUCCAUUUAUGUCGCGAGCGACGUACUCGUGUCGGGCAUCGGUACGCCAGGUGAUGGAAGAUCAUGGAGAAAUUAUUGUAUGUGGAUCGAAGCGUUCACCUCGCAAGUAACCUCUGCUGCAGGGAUUGCUAGCAAACUUUGGGGGGCUACGGCCGAUACCUCAGCAGCCAAGAGAUAUGUCUCUGCCACCCAGGAGCUUCCCGUCAACUCAACGCUGAACAACGUCACUCUCCCAUACUUUAAUAUCAAAUCCAUGGAGUGGGUAAGGGACCCGAUAGCGAACGGGAGCGACAAACAGUUGUUGGCCACCGAGAGGUUGGAUUUCAAUCCAUUCGUCAACGUGACGACGACGACUGUUGGGAUUCUACAAGACGCUUGGGAGUUACCUGAGGAUAGACCUUUUCCGGAACCAGUCGAGAUACGAGAGGAGACCAAGUUGAUGGUUUUCGUGUAUUACCAUACACAGGGGAAGGAAACGGAGUGCUAUUCGCCAACAUUUGGGCCUUUGCCCGAACAUAUUGGGGUGUUUAAAAGACUCAUUACCACCGACAACACUUGUUAUUUGUUCGCGUGGGUGACAUAUGAAGCUGGUGCAGCUACUUGCAGGGACUGUAGGGUUUCGUCGCCUGGAAUCGUGGAGAGUCAAAGGGAUAGCCCAUCGAUGGAGAUCAAGAAGGAUCCGAUGACCCUUGAUGCACUGUUACUGUUACCGCAGGUCUCGACGUCCAUGGCGUUAAUGAACGUCUCACUACCUCAGCCUUUCGGAAACAUAGAGGCAUAUGCGAAGGCAUUACUGGUGCGAUCUUACGAAGCUGGUUGGAAUGCUCUGACAACAGGGUUGAGAGCGAAUGAACCAGAAUUCUUAACGACAGGAGUAAAGGUUUCGAUCCCGAUGUCGAAGGGAAUCGUCAAGUCGUGGAGGGUAGCAGUUUGGGUGGUGUUGAAUUUUCUUUUGACGAUAUCGGGGUUGCUGUUUGUGUUUGUUCAAACGGGAUGCAAGAAAGAUAUGGUGGCAGAUACGACGAUGGCGGCGUUGUUGUUGGAUAUGACAGAUGUGGUCAAGAAAGGACCGCCGAGAAUGGGGGAGACAACCAAGGUUGGGCGGAAAGAUUCAGAUUUGGUAGGGAAGGUGAAAUUGUGCGAGAGGAAGGGAAGCUAUUCGGUUAAAGUAGUCGAUGAAACUAGAAUGUACGAUACUCUCGAGAGAUAG